CAUCAUUAUCGACAUUGUCGUUGGUUCGAGCUACUCUUGACAACCGAACUCUCAUUUCAUAUCCACUUUCGGUGGAGCUGUUCUGCAGUUAAUUGAGUUCGGAAGAUGCUCCGCAUCCUGUCCCUGUCAGCCGCCGCUGGCGUUAGUGGAUUGCAAGUCUCGCAGGAGCCCAUGCAGCUGUUGGGCUCUCGCCUCGGAGCUGGAGUAGUGAGAGCAGCCUCCUCGGCAGCCUUGGAUCCAGAGUUCACAAACACUCUCGGCGAGAAGUUCCAUGUGGCUUGGCCCGGAGAGUUCAAUCUGAUCGGAAUGCCCAAGGACGCGGACAUCGUGUCGCCCAGCGCUGCGGACCUGGUGGUCAAUGCGACCCUUGAAGACGUCGGCCUCAAAGACUGCGACGAUCUCCUCAUCCGCAAGGUCACCGUCUUCGGCACGAAGAUCGGCAGCUUCAGCUCUUUGGAGUUCAGCAUUGGCAGCGACGACUUCAACACCACCGAUGCACUGGGCCUGAAAAUCGAUGGUGUCUCUAAGACUGUGACGGAAUUCCUUGCAGACAUGCCGACGUGCACAUUUACCCGACCUCGAGUGGUCGCGCUUCCCACCAAGAACAGCUUCCGCAAGCGCUCAGCGAUGUACAGUGCCAUUUGCAACCUCGGCGAUGUCCCGAAUACGGUCACCCUGACCUGGUCUUCAGUUUGGCGCAAAAACUAUGGGGAUGUGUACUACCAGAAUGACCUGGAGGUGUUCGUCUCGGGUGUCGGGAGCGAUCCCGCAGGGCUCCUCGGACCAGAUGAUCACUCGUGGACGCAGCAGAUUCACAGCGCGUGCACGCGCUGAGCAGGUCUGAGGCUUUGUGCUACGGCCUAUCCCAGCCAGCCCUCUGUCACGAUGGCUCUCCUUUUGCAACUCCUGCGGCGGAAAAGUAUAGGGGGACGGCUGCGUCAUUGAUCUUCGCAGUCUGGUUUUCACAUUGGUG